CGUCCACGCGGUCUGACGGCCGCUGUUUCUGACCAUUUGCAGACAACAGAUUCCAAGCAGACAGAUCCUGUCGUGAGGGGCAGCAGCAGCAGCGACAAGGCGUCUACGAUGUAUGCCAAUGCGGAGCCAUGUGCCGCAAUCCCCAGCGGUCGCCCACUCCGGCACAGAUGCGUAUUUCUCAAGGCAUCGUCAAAGGAGGGGCAUCAUUGCGGCCGUCGUAUUGUGGUUCUUCCCAGGCUCCCUCUGGGCAGUCAACCUGAAACUUUGAAGCCUGAGGAUCCGUCGUCAUCGUCUCUAUCAGCGUACAUGGGCAAAGUUUGUACUCUGGUACGAGGGCUAGCAUGGCAGGCGGCUACCCUCGAAACCAUGUUUCAGAAACGGGACACGGUUCGAAACAGAACCCAACGCGACGCGUGCGUGCGCAGGGUCUGGAUGGUGCUUGUUGCGAGGCAAUCCCAUGGGCGGUGGCCAAUUUGGAUCGUCCGAGGAUCAAGGUCCAGCACGAGAAAAGACUCCUGCUCCAGAUUACCAUACCGGUAUGUUGCCGAGUGUCCAAGCUCCCGCGCGCUGCAUUAUGGGUGUGUGUGUCACCACAACCCACCUAGUCUCUGCGCGCAUGGAGCCCGGAGGUCUUGUCGCUUGCGGAGGUCUGUCAAUACUUCGUCUAUUCCUUCCAGCGUGCGCAGGCAGUCUUCUAAAUGUCUCCGAACAACAAGAACUUCGAAAGCCAAGUCGCCUGGUCCCAUCAGCACGUGCCUCAGGCUCUCGUGUGUGUCUAUGGUAGAAGGGUGUAUUCCAAAUCCAUACGACGACACCAUGUGCAACGCGUUCAUCACGGCGUACCUCACGACCUGGUCAUUGGCAACAAGCCAUGCGAUUGGCAACGGGGACGUUGAACGGGUGAUAGGACGCUCUCGUAUGACGACAGCAUCCUUGCAGCAGAAGCACCUCUUGAGCCAUAUAUAAGGGCUCAAUGAGAUGGGGAUCCAUACAACGCAUCCGAGUCUCCUCGACCGCAAUGGUUCCCUCGAUGUCAAAAUCUAUACUCUCCCUUUGUGCCGUGUUU